CUCUGGUAGUGGGAGUGUGAGAAACCAGGAACCAAAGGUGUAAGAUAGUGACCGAGAGCAGAGAGCAGACACCUGCUCCUCCUUGAACAGUGUCUUGGGGCACGCAGGGCCCAUUGUCUUAACGAGCUAACGGUAGUUAACGGUAGUUAACGGGCUUACGGUGUCUCCUGAUGGCUGUGUCUCUGCCUGGCGUGGAUAAUUGUGGGUGAGGUUUGGGCAGAGUGACCUUCACAUGUGUGGCCUCGGGCACAUGUUUGUGUGUAUGGCUCGGGUGUGUCCAUACAUGUAUGAUUGGUAGGUGUGUGACCCUCUCUCCCCCGGGGUCCCAGUGGGAGGUAGCCCGGGGGAUUCUGCCCUCACGUGAACGAUCGCUAACUAUCGCCUCCUGUAGGAGUCACGCUGUUUGUUCCUCUCAUUCGCGAUGCUUCUGUGAGUCGCAGAAAGUCUGCUGUGUCCUCAGGCUGCUGCUACUGGCGCUGCUGCUCCUGGCGCAGUGUGUCUGCGUCUUCUCCACUACCAGACACGCAUCAUCCCAAGCCUCGUUCGAAUCCCAGAGGCUUCCUGAAUCUACAACGAGAAUCUUUGGCACUGUGAGACAAAUGGGUACAUCUCCGGUCAUGCCGGAGGCAGGAGAGGCACUCCUGGAGGAUGCUUCGAAGAUGCCUCCAUCCGGCCCAGUCCGGACUCUGAUCAAUAUGAGCCAUACGCCGGCGGACUCGUCGCUAAAACUCCUCCACAACGAAUCCCACUCAUCUAUCACGUCUGCGGGCUCUCUGCUGAGGGCGCGGAGCCGUCUGCUGGAGCAGAUGACGCGGCCACAUCUCCCGCAGAAGUCGUCGGAUGCUGCGCUCUCUGAGGCCUACAGCGCGUCGUUCUCUGGGUCGUUUAGUCGCGAUAACUACGGCACUCGACCCCCGCAGCCACUACACAAAUACGUCGCAAGUUUAAGAUAUCAGAGUGUAAGUGGCCGCUAUCUCAGCAACGUGGAAGAUCAGCUCUGGAACGGCGUGGAAAAUCGAUCACUCAAGCGCUUGGAAGAUCACUCACUCAGCCGUGUUGCAGACUCAUCACUCAGCCGUGUGGCAGACUCAUCACUCAGCCGUGUGGCAGACUCAUCACUCAGCCGUGUGGCAGACUCAUCACUCAGCCGUGUGGCAGACUCAUCACUCAGCCGUGUGGCAGACUCAUCACUCAGCCGUGUUGAUCAGCCGCCAUCCGGACUGGAGAACACAUACGGACGCAGGAACACAAAUAAUGGACACAUCGACGUCUCUGAGAGCCUUGCUCCCGGAGCUCUCAACUCUCACGACACAGCCGGCGCCACAGUGCCAGGUGCUCGGGGCUCACAAGAGCUACCUGGCAGCCAUAACCGGCCGGCCCGGAGUGCCAGUGUGGCACUAGGGUGCAACAGAGACCGUUUAAGGGCCAAUCUCACCUCGAGUCAAACGCGCGACUCAGCGAACAAAAUUGACCCUUUUAGUGACAGACUGGCGAUAGCCAGCACCCCCCCAGAAGACCUGCCACAGCAGACUGACACAGCUGAUGCUGUGAGAUGCCUCGCUGCUUCUUCCCUCAGCAACAACACCAGCCAAACUCCGCUACAAGUUCCCAACUUCUCAGGAGGCGCCGCCAUGGAAGCAAAUGUCUCUGACGAUAGCUCAUUUCGCGUCCUCUUUUCCCGCGUCGCGGAAGCUGCUCAUCUCGAGCGGUCGGACGCUGCGUCGACGUUCCAGGCUGUUCAGAUGGAAAUUUCCGACGCAAUUAAUGAUAGCAGCGUCGCGGAUAACGACACCAGCGGCGAUAGUGACUAUAGUGAAUGGGAGGGUCGUAGCGAGGAACUAGACGCCGCUAGGAGGAGCCAAGACGAGGAACUUGACUUCGAAGAGGAAGCUGAGGACAGCGCCACUCUCCUCCGGAACAGACGGAAACGGAAAAAAACUCCUGUUUAG